AUGGAUAUCAUCCAGAUCGCCAUGAGUUCCUUUUGGAUAAGUCUUUGCGCAACAAUCCUCUUCUACACCGUCCUUCUCUACCUCUACCGAAUCACUCUCCAUCCACUCGCAUCAUUUCUCGAUCCCAGACUGGCACCCAUAACCCUCUGGUACGAAUUCUACCAUGACUUCUUCGACGGGGGCCGAUAUAUCUUCAAAAUCAAGGAAAUGCAGGAAAAUUACGGACCCAUCGUACGGGUAACCCUCGACGGACUCCAAAUCAACGAUCCAUCAUUCGUCCCCGAGUUAAUGCCAGCAGCAGGUCGUCGCCGCAAUAAAUGCGUACGAUUAAUGCAGAUGUUUGGAUUUGUGAAAGCGAGCGCUGCAACAAUAGAUCAUGAUUCACAUCGGAUGAGACGAGGCCCCAUGUCGAAGUUUUUUUCGAAGGAGUCAAUUCGGAGAAUUGAACCGAGGAUGAAAUUGCAAAUUGAGAAGCUUUUUGCGAGGCUUCGGGAAUUUCAGGAGACGGGAGAACCGAUUAAUUGCUUGCCGAUGUUUGGAGCCUUCACUAAUGAUCUUAUUUCGGAAUAUGCGUUUGGGUUUAAUCCAAAUUGGUUGGGGGCGCCCAAUUUUAAUGCUGCCUUUUAUCAUAUGAUGGAUGGCUUUCACAAUUUCGGUCCGUUGGCGGUACAGUUCUCAUGGUUUAUCCCUAUGAUAAACGCCAUUCCAAAGGCCUUGCGUCAAAGUAUGAAUCCUGGGGGGAACAAAUUCGUUGAAUUUAAGCAGGAACUGCUUUCCAACAUAGAUAAAGCAAAUAGAGCCAAAGCGGCUUCUCUUCAGGAAGGAAAGGAAGUUAAAACAUUGUUCGACGAAAUAACCGCUAGCAAAAUUCCCGAAAUCGAAAAACAACGUUCAAGACUUCUUGACGAGGCUCGAAAUAUAUUGAUUGCUGGAACGGAAACAACUUCCUUGACUUUAAGCGCGUUAACGUUCUACCUGUUGUCCAAUCCGAAAAUUCUGGUUAGACUACGAGACGAGUUGAAGACAGCUCUUCCGGAUCCUUCAAUUGAACCGAUUCUCAAAGAUAUGGAAUAA